CAAUACAAGGAUCGCUGCACAGUGCAACCAUGUCGAGAUCUUUCUACGUCGAUUCUUUGAUUUUCAAAGACACGGCAAGACCCACGCCUUUGAACGAGCAUCCCGGACAAGAGUUUUUAAUUCCUAUCAGCAUGCAUUCUCCUAGCGCAAUGUCCUUAUCUGCUCCAACAUGCCCUUCCAGGAAAAGUGGCACUUUCUGCGUCUGUCCUCUCUGUGUCACCUCUCACAUCCACUCGCCAAGGAAUAGCAUCCCAAUGCUGAAGAGCCCGUUUCCAAACGCGGACCCCCAGUACUGUCAAAGAAUGAGCCAUCAGCAGAGUCCCGCUCUGGGGCACACAGGACAUGCAACUGUCUGCACUCCUACUUACAGCGUCACAGAUCCGAGGAGGUACCACUGCCUGUCAUUAGGUGCAUCAGUAAAUAACCACAUCCAGAACGGCAAGAGAAUGAGAACGGCUUUCACUAGCACGCAGCUUUUGGAGUUAGAGAGGGAGUUCUCUUCUAACUUGUACCUGUCCCGCCUGAGAAGAAUUGAGAUUGCCACCUAUUUAAACCUCUCUGAGAAACAGGUAAAGAUCUGGUUUCAGAACCGCAGAGUAAAACACAAGAAAGAGGGCAAAGGAACACAGAGGAAUUCGCACAACGGAUGCAAGUGCGCCAGCAAUCACGGGCAUUACUCUCGGUCUGAAGAUGAGGAGUCUUUAUCCCCAGCGUCAGCUACCGAUGAAAAAUAGAUCUCACCUAUUUAAAUGGGUUAAAGACAGUGCGACCCUUACCUUCUCUACAUUUUGGAACUUAAAGCCACAAAACAUUUGUUCCAAAAGAUUGAGAAUAAAGCGCUUGUGGCCAUUUCUACUGAUUUACCUUUAUCCAGUAUCUGUUUUCUAAUCUGCAUCUUUUGAUAUAUCUUAUGGAAUGUAAAAUAUGUAUUGCUGAAAGAAUAUUAAAGAUGUAACACUGUAAACAACCCCCCUUUGUUCCUGUAAGAAAAUAACUAAUUGGAUGAAAACAUUUGUCUUAUAGAUGUCCUGCUUCUUUUAACUAUACAGCAGCUUAAAUCUGUAGGUUUUUAAACACAUGUUUUGUAACAGUGUACAUUGUGAAUUGUUUCUCGUUCAUUUGUAUGUGAAGAGUUAUAUAAAAUGUAUAUUUAUAUUUAUUUAAA